UGUUUUUUCAAAUGUAUGUUUCUGAAUUGAGCAUAAAGCCAGAAGAUGAUUUGGUUUGACCUCAUUCAGAAAAUAGUCUUACUUUUUCUUACUGGAUCUGGAAUUUUAGGAAAUGUCCUAAUAUUUGUGAGGCAUGUACGCACAUUAGUCGUGGGUCCUGAGAGAAAACCCAUAGACCUUAUUCUGAUUAACUUGACUUUUUCAAACACAAUCAUUACUUGUCACACCGGGAUCAUAUAUGUAGCUGCGGUUUUCUCUUUCGGAAAUUUCCUAAGUGAUGCUGGUUGUAAAACUGCAGUCUAUCUGUCAAGAAUGGCCCGGGGCCUUUCCAUCUGCACCACCUGUCUCCUCUGCAUGGUCCAGGCUGUCACCAUCAGUCCCAGUACCACCCUGUGGAGAAAGCUCAAACCACAGACUGCAUGGCAAGUUCUUCCCCAUCUCUUCCUGUUUUGGGUCCUAAAUUCCCUGAUAAGCUCCAACUUGCUCCACUACAUCACAGCAGGCAGCAGUGUGAACAGGUCUGGGGUUGGAAUGUAUACUGGGUAUUGCUAUAUGCUGCCGCCCAGGCACAUUAUUAAGUGGCUUUUCCUCUCUCUAAUGACUCUUCGUGAUGCCAUCUUUCAGACUGUCAUGGGCUGGAGCAGUGGCUCCAUGGCUCUCCACCUGUAUAAACAUCACAAGCGUGUCCUCUACCUUCACAGCUCCCGGUUUGUGAACAAUUCCAGCCCAGAAAUCAGAGCUGCACAGAGCACUCUCAUUCUCAUGGCCUGCUUCCUCUGCUUUUAUUGGGCAGAUUUCAUUUUCUCCUUCUACAUGGGUUCCACCUUGGUACAGUGUUCCAUAAUGCUGAUUAUUAAAUCAUUUCUAGGGACAGGGUAUGCUGCGCUCAGCCCCUUCGUCCUGAUCAGCAGAGAAGGAUGUGGGGCUAAGUCCUGCAGUGCUCACAGAUAA